AUGGCCCCAGGGGGCACGGGCACCGUCCCAAAAAUAAUCACGAAAAAAGACAGAGACGUGUCUUCUACGAGGGAAAAAUACAAGCUAAAGCUUGAAAAAGCCGAAGAAAAAUACAAUAAAGCCAUAGAAGCUCAAAAUGCUCUACAAGAAGCAAACGAUAGAUUAAUGUUGAGAAUAGCAGGCCUAGAAGGCACCAACGCUAAACUCAACGAGAAAAUGGACUCACUACUACAGAAAAUUGACAAAAUGAUGGCAGACCAACAAAAAGCAGCACUUCAAACCGAAGUCAAGGGAACCGAAGUCAAGGAAAUAGUAACCGAAGAAAUGGUCGAAACCCACGUGCAAGGCGCUGCGGACGACAAUCAUAUGAGUGCUGAUGAAUACGAAUUACCAGCAACCGACGAGGAUGAAGAAGAGGGUUUCGAAAAACCGAAACCUACAAAAAACGCUAUAAGAAGAGAGAGAAGAAAGCGAAACCGCCCUGAAUCAGACGGCGAAAGACACGACGGUGCCCACGGGAUCAAGUCGAAAAAGCCAACACCCGAAACAAGCCCGCCCAGUGCCACUGCUGGUGCAGAAAACAAUACCGAAAACGACAUGACAGUACAGGAGGCACCGAAGGUGAAAAUCCCUCCGAUUGUACUUAAAGAUACGACACAAUGGAACUCUCUCCACCGCGGCAUGAAAAGCCGUAACAUCAACUUUCAAGAUCCGAGACUGCAAAACGGCGGUCUAAGAAUCUUUACCAACACUUCAGAUGAUUACCAUAAAACGGUAAAAUACUUUGAAGAGAUGAAAGUCAAAUUCUACUGCUAUACCCUUCAAGAAGACAAGCCAUACAAAGCGGUACUGCGAGGUGUACCGACCCACAAUACCCCAGAAGACGUAACCAACGAGUUGAUACUUCAAGGCAUCACGCCGUUGAAAGUACAGCACAUGCGUUCAAGAUACAACAAGUCUCUAUCGGCAUUCAAAUUUCCUCCAUCAAUGAAGAUCACCUUCAACCAGACCACAAAGCCGUGCAAAAAAAAUACUAUUGAGGCACAUGAGGGAGGAAUAUGGAUUGACCCAUUACCAAGAAUUUUAUCUGGGUGGGUCAGGAGACUACGUCACGUACGUACACUUGUAUUGGGCACAUCAUCCAUACCAGUGGGUUCAAAAUUAUAUUUUCUAAAUCGGGCAUUUCGGGUUGGACUUUCAAAAUUAUCUUUUAAUUCAAAAACUUUAAAUCAUGGCCUCCCCACUGGUUGCUACGAAACAAGUGAACACGUACGUCUGUUCGCAGAGGACGCGAGUAUAGUAUUCCACGAGCUGGACCGUUUCAUCAAAGUGGAACGGGAACGGGCUGACCUGUCCAAUAAUUUGGCAAAUUUGAGGUUCUUCUACUAUCGGAAAGGAAACCAGAAUGUUGACAGUGCGGAUAAGUUUGAGAAACCAGAGAAGAAAAUACCACUCCUAAAGAGUGUCAAAGUGAAACCAUAUAAACUGGAAAGAACGCAAAAAAGGAAACUUGGCGCCGCAAUCGAUGAUGGGUUAUUUAAAUCUAAACCUACAAGGCCAUCAAUGAUUGCACCGAAGAGGAAGUGUUUAAGUGUGGCCAGAACAAGUUGCCCCACGACAUCGCCAGAACCCGCGAAACCCGUAAGCUCCCGCCCAAUGACGAAUAGAGGGAAACUACGUUUAUUAAAAACUACGAAGUCAAAGAAGUCGAAAAGAGCGCCAAAAUUUAAGUGGUCCCCUCAAGCAAAAAGUUGGCUUUUAGAUCCUGGCCUGCAAAACAGUCCUUGA